GGUGCACAGGAAAAACAAGAACAUUUGUUGCUUCAUGUCAAGAACAAUACAGAGGCAGUUGGUGUGCUCUGAAGUGAGUUUAACAAGACACGUUAAAUUAUGUUGUUUAGUUGCCGGAGGAAUCAUUAAGGACUUCAACCUGAGGACAGCUGUUUUGAACUCUGGAUUUACAAUAUUGUACAUGACACACUGCUUGUCAUGUCUCUCCCAGAGGAGGAUCUUACAUGCCCAAUAUGCUGUGACAUCUUUAGAGACCCUGUCUUGCUGUCAUGUAGCCACAGCUUCUGUCGGAGCUGCCUGAAGCGCUGCUGGGACACAGGGUUACAUGAAUGUCCAGUAUGUAGGAAAAGAGCCUCCAAGUCCAGCGCUCCCUCCAAUUUGGCUCUGAAAAAUGUCUGUGAAGCUGUUUUGCAGGUCAGGAGACAGAGUUCACUGCUGGAGGAAGAGAACAUCAACUGUAAUCUGCACGGGGAAAAGUUCAAACUCUUCUGUCUGGUUGACAAGCAGCCCAUCUGUGUGGUGUGCCAGUCUUCCAAACUGCACAAGACUCAUGACUGCUCGCCUAUCGAAGAGGCAUUGCUGGACUGCAAGGAUGAACUUUGUUUAUCCCUCAAGAGCUUGCAAGAUAAACUGGACACCCUCAAAAGAAUUAACAUAAUGUCUGUGGACAUGGUCAAAUACAUCAAGAGUCAGGCGCUGGACACACAGAGAUUGAUCAAGAGCCAGUUCGAGCAGCUCCAUCAAAUCCUUGACCGAGAAGAGUCAGCCAUGAUUGCAAGUGUGAAAAAAGAAGAAAACGAGAAGCUCGCGGGAAUGAAGGAUAAGGUUAAAGAACUUUCAGCAGAAGUGCUGUCCCUCACAGAGACCAUAUCUGUCAUACAGGAGCAGCUCAAAGAAGAUGAUAUGGUCUUGCUGAAGAAUUUUAAAGCUACUCAGGACAGAGGAAAAAGCAUCGCGUUUGGUUCAGACAACAUGUCUGGGCUACUGAUUGAUGUGACCAAGCAUCUCAGCAACCUCAAGUAUAGAGUCUGGGAGAAAAUGCUGGACCACAUUGACUAUACUCCAGUGACUUUGGACCCAAACACAGCACACCCCUGCCUCAUCCUGUCUGAUGACCUCACUUCCCUCCACUAUUCAAAGCAGCCCAGCUGUUGCCCUGACAACCCGGAGCGCUUCCACAUCAGCGCUGAAGUGGUAGGGAUGACAGCACUGGGCUCCGGAAGUCACCACUGGGUCGUGGAAACAGGAAGUAAUCAGGACUGGCUCCUAGGUGUGGCCUAUUUGUCUGUAAGUAGGGACGCUGAGAUCUCUGCUCGGCCAGAGAAUGGCUUCUGGACUUUGUGUUUCCGGGACGGAGAGUUCAGGGCAAUGACCUCGCCACCCACCCCACUGACAGUUGAAAGAGCGUCCAAACAAGUCAAAGUGCAACUGGAUUACAACAAAGGGAUGGUGUCCUUUUUUGACCCUGCUGAUGAUACACUCAUUUAUGCAUUUACACACACAUUCACGGAAACUUUACUCCCAUAUUUUUAUACACAGAGCAGUCAUCCAUUGAGAAUAAUGCCGGAGAAGGUGCUUAUCACAAUGUUGCGUCAAUAAGUGGAUAAAAGUUGGUAUUUGUAGGUUGACCAGUAAUCUGUAAUUGUAAUUUCUCCUACAGAGGGCAAGUAUUCUUUAUCCAAGUCAUUUUGCAGCUUCAAAAACACGUUACAUUCAUUUUUGAGAGUUAAAUAAGAAGAUUUAUACCUUUAAACCUUGAGACAGAGCCAGGCUGCUAAGGCUAAGCUAACUGGCUGCUGGCUCCUACCACAUAGACUAUUUAUCAGACAAACAUGAGAGUGGAAUAAAUCUUCUUAUCAAGGUUAUGAGGAUGUAUGGUGUUAUAUGCUAUGUGAUUUACUCUAGCCUAUUGUAGAACUACUCCUUUAACAGCAUGUUCAGAUAGUCACAUCCCUGAAUAAACCGUUAAUGAUUACUACUGUAUACGAUAACUAUUCUGUGUAGUGUAAGUGGCAAGUGGGGCUCAUCCAAUCAUUUUUUUCUUUCAUACAUACCCGAAAUGCUUCAUUAUAGAAUGUUCUUACUUUCAAAACAAGCUGUUGAGUUAUGAAGUUUGCAUACAAAUCAGAGAUGAUUCCUAAAUUGCUCAUAUAAGUGACUAGAUAUACAUUACUCUCUGUGGUGGAAGAGGAGAGAGCUCAGUUGCAUUUAAUGAAAAUGUUUAAAUAAAUAUAAAGAUGUUUAAGGUUUGUCCAUGGGUUUUGGUGAGUGCAGCAAGCUCUGUCUUAAUUUUUUAUCCUUUUGAAUUUUCUAUGACUUACAUCAGAAUGAAUGAUAUUGCUGUGCAGGUAUUUUAUGAUUAUUCUAUUAAUAAUAAUCAUAUUAUGAUGACACAUGCACGCACACACACGAUUGCCUAAAUUAAAGUGGUUAAAAAGAAGUAAAAAUUCACUGGAGACUGUAAGGUGCAGUUUAUUGACUCUUUUGUACACAUGAUGGCGCCAAAGUCAAACAAAUAUUUUGAAGGAUUUCAGUACAGUGAAAACUAUUUUGAGUGCAACAAUAUCUCUGCUGUUUGUAGCAAUUAUUGUUACAGAACAUAAUCCAUUGAUUAAGACUAAAAUGAUUAAAAUGUUGGCUUUCCA